AUGGUGGGCUGCGUGGGCUGCUUCUGGGCGCUGCUGUCCUGGUGCCUGCUGGCCGUGUGCAGCCUGGGCUUCCUCUCGCCCGCCUGGGUGGUGCGGGAGCGCGGGGCGCGGCGCGGGCUGGCACCGGCGGCGGCGGACGGGGAGGGCGGCUUCGGCUUGCUGGGGCACUGCCCCGAGCCCCGGCGCCGCGCCCGCGACUGCGGCGCCCUCGGCGGCCUGGCCCGCUUCGGAGACAUCCCCUCCGCCUCCUGGCAGACGAGCGCCGUGCUGUGCUCCGGGGGCUGUGCCCUCUUGGCCUUCAGCUCCUUGCUGGCAGUCAUUGUGAUCUUCCUUCCCAGCGGGCCCUGCGAGAGACGGGUGUGUACCCUGGCGAGUUACAUUCAGACAGCAGCAGUGUUCAUCAUGGGCUCUGGGCUUUUGGUCUACCCUUUCGGUCUCGGUUCUGCCGCCGUGCGGAGACACUGUGAGAAUUCGAGCCUCUACUAUGCAGGAGAUUGCCAGAUCGGCUGGGGGUACAUGCUGGCGAUCGUCGGGGUCAUGCUGUCCGUCUUUUUGCCAUUCUUUGCAAAAUAUGCACCAAAAGAGCAUGCCUCUCCGACACCAAUACCCACGAUUUUAUAGUAUUUUAUUUGUACCUAGCAAGAGACCGGUUCUG